AUGCAGCUCAACAGAUAUCAGAGAACGAGGGAGCUGCUUUUGGAGCAAAACGUAGAACAAACCUCAUGGCCGCGACCGAUCAUAACGCCGCCUGGUGUCCGACCAGGGGCACUAUCUGUGCAGGGCAUUAGGGGUGCAAACCGAAGUGUAGAAACGCCCCUCAUAAUAUUAGAAUAUUAUGAUUUAGAAGCCCCCCCGGAAUUACUACUUCACUUAGUUCCCCCUGGAAUUGAAUUUCCCGCCUGGCUCAACCUGCCACCAUUUCCAAAUGGUGGCGCUGGGCCUCUGAUGCCUUUCGAAGAUGCUUUUAGGGAGCCUUCUCAAGGCUCCUCAUACCACACACCAGAGCCAAGUUCGGCAUCGGAGACUGACGGUACCGACUCAGACCAGGCGUCCGAGGUCGAUACCAAGGAGCCUGGAGAAAACUCCGGAGACGGACUCUCAGAGACCAGUGAUGGAGCCGAUAACGAGUUCGACGUUGAUGCAUUCAUCACUCUCAAUGAAGAGCAGUCGUCGGCGGAGGGUGUCGCCCCAAUAACAUGGCGUCCCGCUAACCCAUUACCCGACUUCAAUCAGCUAUGGGUUAGUGACAUCGAACGCAUGCGCAGUCAGCUUAGGAUCUUCCCUGACGGAAGAAUGAUGCUGAACUUUGCGACGGGCAGCCCGCUCUGGGGCUUCCGACUGGAGUUGGCGCAGUUCAUUCGGAACAGGUCGAUCAAUGAGAAUGAACUUGGUGAGUCGGGGCGGGGGUCAUGA